CGUGCAAGGUGGUAGUAAAACAUGCUAUAUUAAGAUAUUUUGUUAUAUGCUUCAUCUUUUGUAUUUUACUUAAACACUUUCUUUCUUAUAUUUUUUAAACAAAAAUUAUAUUUUUAUGUCGUGUCACUGAUAAGAUAAUUAGGCCUAAGUAUUAUUUGACUUCCAACAGAAAUUAACUUGUUAUUGUUACGCUAUCGGCUGAUCAAACCUAGUUGCCAAAGGCCAAAGUUCCAUCUCAUCGAGUUUCAACGGCGACGCCAGGCUGGUUUGCUAAAAAUAAUUUGAUCAUUAGUGAUAAUACCAGUCACCAUGGCAACAUAUGUAAGAACAACAAAUGAAGGUUGUUGUAGUGUGUCAUUUCUUAAAUUUGUUCUCCACAUCUUCAACUUCAUAUUUUUUCUUGCAGGAUGUGCUGUUCUGGGAGUGGGGUUAUGGACAGUGAUUGACAAACAUCAUUAUGUAAACCUUCUAACCACAAGCACUUACGUAGCAACGUCGUACAUUUUGAUCAUUGCUGGAAUUACAGUUUUGAUUGUGACAGUGAUUGGUUGUAUUGCAGUACGCCAGGAAGAUCGCUGCCUCCUGUUAAUCUAUACUUUUCUGCUUCUACUAAUCUUCCUUUUGGAGGCUGUUGCAGGUGUUAUUGCCUAUGUAUAUCAGGAACAAGUUAUUUCUGAGCUAGAAAUCUCCAUGAAUGGAACUUUCACCAGCCAAUAUCAGUUUGAUGAAAGUAGAACAGCUGCUAUCGACCGAUUACAAAGAAAGUACAAAUGCUGUGGAGCUCUUGGCUUCGAAGACUGGCAUUAUAGCAGAUGGCUGAAAGAAAACCCUGAAGAAAAAAGAAAAGUACCUGACAGUUGCUGUAAAACUGAAACACUAUCAUGUGGUGUUCGGGAUCAUCCUUCAAACAUUCAUGAUGUUGGUUGUAUCCGAGCACUUGAGAGGCAAAUCAAAGAUCAUCUGAACAUCUUGGGAGGUGUUGGCUUAGGAAUCUGCCUUGUUCAGGUUUUUGGGAUGAUUCUCUCAUGCUGUUUGUACAUGACCAUCAGAGACUACAUUAGGCCAAAGAAGCAUUACAACUAUGAAAGAUGAGGAAAAGAUGUUUGUCUUCAGUGGAUAGGGGUAGGCAAGAUCAGUACAAUAUUCAAGAACAAGUAUUCUCUGGUAUAUGUUGUCUUCAUUAACUAUCGGAUACAUAAAGUUUGAGUUUUUUUAAGAGCUGUCGUGAAAUGAAUCUUGUAUAAGCAUCCUGGAUGUGCUGCUGUCAGUUUGACAACAGAAUGUUGGCAAGAUUUUGUAAAAUGCUCUUGCUAAUUAAUAGUUUAAAUUUUCUAACAUGUUUAACUCAAAGUUUGCCUGUUGCUUUCUUCUCAAGAGUUAUGCAGCAUUCGUACGAGUUUUUUUUUUUUUUACCUAGUUCUUUAAAGCUUAAACAUGUAUACAUAAAAAUGGUUAAAGAAUAAUUUUAUGUACCAGUAGAAUCAAAAUGUGAACAUUCCAAAAAAAAAAAAUGUCACUCAGUAUUCUAAACAAGAUUUGUACUCAUUAAAUAUGUAUUUUAAACCUGGCUACCAAACAUGUGCAGCUAGGGUGUGUUCAAUUCUAAAAUGUGUUAUAAAUGUAUGUUUUGCUGGUACAUACACUAAUAUCCAAUACUAUUGCUGUUGAAAUUUUAGCCCCCCCCCCCCCCUGUAAAUUAAGCCUAUGGCUCAGUUAGAUGUUAACUGGACCUUUAACUGUUUUCUUCUGCAAGUUUAAAUAAUGAAUCUCUUUGUUAAUUAAAUACAGAGUAAGGAUAACAAUUAAGCUGUGGAUUAUUUUCCCUAAUGCAGUAUUAUGUCAAGUAAAACAUUGAAAUAGUAAUACCAUCAGUGAAAACUGUCACAAUGAUCAUCUAGGACUGAAAACUGAUAUCAAAACGUCACCUGUACAUGACUCAAGCUGGAUUCUUAAAUUUUCACCAGUAUUUUUGUUCAGUCAUUUAAAUAUUUGUGGAUAAAUAAUAUACAGUUAGAAAAACCUUACCAAAUGACACCUCACCAAUUUAAUCCAGUUCACACAGUAACAGCUGUUGUCAGGAAAGCAAGUUGCUAAUAUAACUAGCAUCUCAACCACUACUAUAUCAUAUCCCAGCCAGCCUGAUAUAAGGCCUCAUCAGUACUGAAUGUUACAGAUAAGGUGUGGUUGACAUAUUAUUAUACUUUCUUAAUUAAGUAACAGCUGUUGUCACAAAAGCAAGUUGCUAAUAUAACUAGCAUCUCAAUCACUACUAUAUCAUAUCCCAGCCAGCCUGAUAUAAGGCCUCAUCAGUACUGAAUGUUACAGAUACGGUGUGGUUGACAUGUGGUUCUUACUUAUAAUAGUUUCAUAACUUAUAAAAAUGGUUUUAAUUUUAAAAAACUUCAAGUCUGUAAUCUUACAACAUACAGUAUAUUGUGAAAACACCUUUACAAGUUUUUCUAAUCAAAUGUUGAAGUUAUGUAAGACAUGAAAAUGUAGAAAUGAACCAUCUGUAUAUAAUUUUAUAGUUUUACAGCUUUCCAGUUCAAAUAUUGUUAUCAUAAUACUCAAAGUGAUUUUAUUGCGCUGUUGUAAGCUUCAUGUAUGCAAUUAGAUGUGAUUAACUUUAAUGUUGAUAUAUAUACCUUAACCUAGCCUUACCACUACUUCAAAUGUUGUAGUUAUCUGUAUACCAGCCUCACAUAUGAUGGAGAGCAGCUAAUUGUAUGUAAAGAAGCUAAACAAUGCUUAAUUUUAUUUUAAUCUCAGAAGAUUAGUGAUGUGAAUGGAGAUCAGGUAUAAAGAAUGAAUCCUCCUGGUGGCUCAGCAGUAAGUCUGAGGGAUUAUAAUGUGAAGAAUCGGGUUUCCUUACCCACAGUGAGCACAGCAAAUAUAGCCCAUUAUGUAGCUUUGUGCUUAAUAACAAAGAAAUUGUUAUAAGUUCAGGCUUCACAAGUAUGAACUACUGUGGAAGAUUUUUCAGUCAGUAGUUGGCCAGCUUCUUAUUAGUUUUUUUUUUUUUGCAUUUUUAAAGACAAAACUUUCUGUUUAUUAAAAUGAUUGUGUAUGUCAUGUACCUUAUCUUACCUACAGGAAAGUUUACCAAAUACAUUAUUGUUAUGGCAUUAAUUUUAAAUUGGAUUAAAAUAAAAACAAUUACCAGACAUUUCUUUCAAGGUAAAUAAAGUAAUGACCUAUAUCUCCAGAAUGUAUCUUCAUCAGCUCAAUAUUUCGCUUUUACAACUUCGUCAGGAGCUGUCGACAUCCUUCACGUUCACUAAUCCAGUUGAACUUGUAAACUAGUAGGAUAGCGAUAGCUCCUGACGAAACCGUAAAAGUGAAAUAUAGAUCUAAUAAAAAUACAUUCUGGAGAUAUGGGUCAUUUCUUAUUUACCUUAGUAAGAAUGUCUCAUUUCAAACUAGUUUGCAUUAAACAAAGUUAAGAAUAAUAAAAACAAUUACUAUAUACUAGUGACGAAAAGGGCAUGAGUAAAACUAUUAAAAAGUGUUGUCAACAAAAUAUUAUGCACGUAUCAAAAAAAAAGAAGUACAAAUUUUAGUUUUAUUAAUUGCAAUAAAGAUAGUUAUUUGAUAUCUGAUUAUUUAUUAGUGCAAUUUGAGUAAAAUUUACUAUUUAUAAAAAAAAAUAUUGUAUUGCCAGUAAAAAAGAAAGUGUACAACUAUUUUUUUUUAAAAGGUAUCGAUUAACGGAGUAGAGAUCUGAAGGUAUAACUUAUUGAUAUUUUUUUACUGAUUAAAUUAUAUAAAAUUAAUCUGUUUGUGUGGGUAUUCUUGUGGUGCCCAUUAUUCUGUGACUAACAAAACCAGUAUUUUGUUGUUAUUACCUUGUUGUUAGACAGAAUAAUAAUUUACGUCUCUCAUUGAUGGAUAACAAGUGUCAGAAUAUUUUGUUCAUUUUCAUAAAGUGUGGAAAAAGAAGUGGAUAUUAAAUGUAUUUCAUAUGUCUAAUUUUACUGAAAGUUAUGGCAUAGUGUAUCAAUAUCUUUGAAACUUUAGUAAAGAAAGAGUGCCUUCUUAGAUAACUGUAUAAACAACUCUUAAAGUUUGUUUAUUAUGGAAAUAUAUGAUAAGAACAGUGCAUGAAAGUUAUAAAUAUGUCAUGAUUGGUAAUACAUCUGCUAAAGACUUACUUUUAGAGAAAUUAAAGUAAAUGACAUGGUAAGUUAUUAUUUUAGUUUAUUAAAAAUAUGGUUAACUUCUCGAAAAGAAACACAUUUUUUUGUGUGUUUUAUAUGAGCUUCAUAUGUUUCUAGUUUGGUUUGAAACACUUUCAGAAGAAGUGUUUUUUUUUGUUUUUUUUUUACAGAUACUUCUAACUAAUGAGACAUUUAGCAGUACCCUUACAAAUAAAUGCUUCUAUAAGCUGAUUUAGUGGUGUUUCUUAUAAUUUUCAGUCAACGUACAGAUAUGAUUAGUAUUUUCUGUUGGAAUGAGUUUGUACAAACAAUUAUACUUUAUACUAAUGCAUUGUCAGCUGGUCACUGAUGAAUAAACCUGAUCAGUAGCUAGA